AUGGCCCGGUCCUCCUCCCUCCUCCGCACCGGCGUGCUCGCCAUGGCGCUCCUCGCCUCCUUCCUCGGCGUCGAGGCCCUCUUCGACCCGUUCAACAUCUUCGGCGGGCGCCCGGAGAGCGAUUACCUGGACCCGUUCGGCGGCCGGGCAACCAAGAGCCCGCCCCCGCCCCGCACGGAGCGGGAGGAGACGGGCGCGGCGCAGCCCAACACCAUGGGGCUCACGCGCGUGCCGCCCUUGGGCGAGCCCAGCAAGGCGUCCCAUGAUACCAUGACUAUCAAAGUUACCGUGCGCGACGACAAGCCCGACGGCGCGUGGACCAUUGUCAGCGACAACUCCGGCGUCUCCGCCAUGCACCUCGCCAUCAUGCGCCACGGCCGCGCCAUCAUGUUCGACACCGCCACCACGGGCCGCUCCCUCAUGCGCCUCAGGUUCGACAACUGCCGCGUAGACCCGCGCCGCCACAAGACCGACUGCUGGGCGCACGCCGUCGAGUUCGACUACACCACCGGCGCCGUCCGGCCCCUCAAGAUCCUCACCGACACCUGGUGCUCCGCCGGGGGGUUCGACGCCGAGGGCAACCUCGUGCAGUCCGGGGGCUACUUCGAGGGCGACAGGACUGUCCGCUACCUCUCGCCCUGCCACACCUGUGACUGGAAGGAGCACCCAUAUAGCCUGUUCGAAGGGCGGUGGUACGCCACCCAGCAGGUGCUCCCCGAUGGCCGCUUCGCCAUCUUCGGCGGCCGCCGCGCAUUCUCCUUCGAGCACCUGCCCAAGCCCGGGAUGUUCAACCACCAGUCCGUGCCGCUCGCGUUGCUCCGGGACACCACCGACGACGUGGAGAACAACCUCUACCCUUUCGUCAACCUCCUUCCCGACGGCAACCUCUUCAUCUUCGCCAACGACCGCGGCAUCAUCUUCGACCACCGCUCCGAGAUCGUCAUCCGCGACAUCCCGCCGCUCCCCGGCGGAGCCCGCAACUACCCGGCUUCCGCCAUGUCGGCCAUGCUCCCGCUCGACCUCCGCGGGAGGCAGCUCCACGGCGGCCCCGAACUCGAGCCGGAGGUCAUCAUCUGCGGCGGCGCCAACAAGACGGCCUUCAAGGUCGGCGAGAUCGGCCAGUACGGACCCGCGCUCAAGGACUGCGGCCGCAUCAACCUCGUCAAACAGGACGCGCAGUGGGCCACGGAGGAAAUGCCCGUGCAACGCGUCAUGGGCGACAUGCUCAUCCUCCCCAACGGCGAGCUGCUCCUGCUCAACGGCGCCGCCAAGGGGUGCGGGGGGUGGGGCUUCGCGCGCCAGCCCGUGCGCUCCCCGCUGCUCUACUCGCCGUCGGCGCCGCAGGGGUCCCGCUUCCGGCCGCUCACGCCAUCCACCAUCUCGCGCGUCUACCACUCCACCGCCGCCGUGCUCCCCGACGCCACCGUGCUCGUGGCCGGCGGCAACACCAACUCGGGCUACAACUUCAGCGGCGUCGACUUCCCCACCGAGGUGCGCGUCGAGCGCUUCACGCCGCCCUACCUCGACGGGAGGAGACAUGUCGCCAACCGCCCCAUCAUCGACCCCCACUCGCUGCCCAGGGAGGGGAUGCGCUACGGGGCCAAGUACACCUUCAGGUUCCGCACGCCGCUCGACCCCGUCGUGGAGGCCGACGUCAUGGUCACCAUGUACGCGCCGCCCUUCACCACGCACGGCUACUCCAUGAACCAGCGCCUCCUCAUCCUCUCCGUCACCUCCUACAUCCCCGACCCCCAAGGCUACGCCAUCACCGUCGACGCGCCCGGCAAGCCCGAGCUCGCGCCGCCCGCCUACUACCUCGUCUACGUCCUCGCCAAGGACGUGCCCAGCGUCGCCGUAUGGGUCAAGAUACAGUGAGUGACCCCGCGCAUUGUCCGUGCGUCCGGCCUAUUAGAUUAGAUGGUUGUUAAUUCAUUUCAAUCCUUGGAGUACAUAAUAUAUAGCAGGCGCAGAUUUAAAUUCUAAAUGUAGCACCGAGAUAUCUAAUGGCCCUAGUUACUCUAUUUGUCUCUCUCCUCAUUAACUACUUGUCAUCUCACCAUUUUUGCUUAUAUGACAUCUAUGUUACUUCCUCUGUCUAGGUGUAUAAGUCACCUUACGAAAA